AUGGCCACCCAGAGGCAUAGAGGGAUACCCUUGAGUUCACUAAGUCCCAAAUUUCUGUACACUAAUUCCACAAGCCAUACCUGGCCCUUCAGUGCCAUUGCUGAGCUGAUUGACAACGCUUACGAUCCAGACGUCCGUGCCAAGCGGUUCUGGAUCGAUUGGACGCAGAUAAAAGGUCUGGACUGUCUGUCAUUUAUGGAUAAUGGGACUGGUCUUAGUCGGGACAGGAUGCACAAAAUGCUUAGCUUUGGUUUCAGUAACAAGAAGGAAGUCAGAGGUCACAUCCCAGUGGGUGUUUAUGGCAAUGGAUUCAAGUCAGGCUCUAUGCGCUUGGGGAAGGAUGCCAUCGUCUUCACUAAGACCAAGGACACCAUGAGUGUUGGCCUCUUGUCCCAGUCUUACCUGGCAGCCAUCAAAGUUCAACAACUUCUGGUUCCCAUCAUCACCUUCAGACGUGAUGGGCAAAACUUUCCAGAAGAUGCGGCAAGCCUGCAGGCGAUCCUUAAACAUUCCCUCUUCAACACGGAACGUGAACUCUUCUCUGAACUUCGCGCGAUCAGUGCCGCUGGACGCACUGGCACGCGCAUCAUCAUCUGGAACCUGCGCAAGACUACAAGUGGUGAGACUGAAUUUGACUUUGACGUUGAUAAAUGUGAUAUUCGAAUCCGUACGAGUCUUAACGCGAGUGAGACCUCAUCUCCAGCGAGUGAUUAUUCAUUACGUGCGUACUGCAGCAUUCUGUACUUGAGGCCUCGAAUGCAAAUUAACAUCCGUGGGAAACGAGUGCGAACACAGCUGAUCUCCAAAGGUCUCGCUUACAUCGCAAAUGACAUCUACCGACCUUCUUUUCUUAGCCAGCGUAUUCAGAUCACCUUUGGGUUCAACACCAAGAGCAAGGAGCACUGUGGUAUAAUGAUGUACCAUAAGAACAGGUUGAUAAAGGCGUUUGUACAAGUGGGCUGUCAAAGAAAGGCAGACAAAAAGGGUGCUGGAGUCAUUGGAAUCAUCGAGUGCAAUUUCCUUCAACCAACUCACAACAAACAGGAUUUUGAUGACACGGAUAAAUACAGGAAGACCAUACACAAUCUUGGCAUUAAACUGGAAGAGUACUGGAAUGAGGUUUGGUUCAGACACAAGAACGAGGAUCCAGAGUGUACAAUACCUAUAGAGGACACAAAGAAAGUUCCAGACCAAAGCUGGGUCCAGUGCGACAGCUGCCUAAAGUGGAGGAGACUUCCAGAUGGCACAGACUGCAGCCUACUCCCUGAGAGGUGGCUCUGCAACAUGAACCCCGACCCUCAGUUCAGGAGCUGUCAUGUGGAAGAGGAACUUGAAGAACAAGAGGAGGACCAGAGGUCAUACCCAAAACCCUACAAACGACAGAGGAAGAACUCAAAGCCCCUGCGUGAGGACAAGGUGCCUGUUAUCCAAGUCCCAGCUCAAGCAGGACACCCACUGGCCGGAGUACGCGUGAGCACUGUCGCUUGGCAACCGCUGUCCUCUGCUCCAUUUAGCACUGCUCAGCCUGACACUCUAUCCACUGUCCAUAGAUCUGGUGAUGGUGAUCAUGCAGACGUGGUCACUCCCGCAGAAAUUCAAAGGUCGUCUGUAAACCCUUCUCCCGUCGUCGAUCCAAGAUCUCUGUCCAGCCCAAGGCCAAGGAGAAAACAGACAAUCUUGCCAGAAAAUCCUACUGAGAUGGAUGCCAUGGUAACGGCGCCACACUUACCAGUCACCAGUGUUACUCAGACAAACUGCAAACCCGUUAUAUUCGAGAAGAGGAGGAGCACAGAGCAGGGAGGCACGCAAAACUUAAAUGUUCGGGAAAACUGGGGGAUGGUCACGGAAGACAAAAUGAUGGAAGCAUUUGAACGACAUAAGUGGCUUAGACCGGACGAAGACUGGUACGGAACGGAGGGAUUAUCUGAGGAAGAGACAGAGGACGCGUCUUUUUUUGGUGCGGGGGAGACAUUCGAGCCUGAAGGAAAGAUAAAAGAUGGAGCGCCACAGCAGGAGGUGCAGAAGGAGCUGAGUGAAACCAUGCAAGUCACAGCGCUGGAGAGAGACACGUGCAGGAAUCAAAUACAGGAGCUGCAGCUGGAGCUACAGAAGCUCCGACAACAAUGCGGCAAUGUCGACACCUGGAGGACCCAAUGCAACCAACUUAAGAGCAAGAUGGAGGGAUUGGAGAAGGAGAAAGCCCGUCUGUCCUCCCUCUGUGAGGCGCUGAGGACGGAGCUGGGGGGCCUGAGAGAAAACACAAACAGGAGGAGGGAAGAGACGGAGGUAAGGACCCUCGACGGAGCUGGCGGCAGCGACGAGGAGCUGAGGAGACUACGGCGUAACGUGGGCCGCCUGCUGGCCUCCUUCGUCCCCGCGCUCGAUCUGAAGCGAGUCGACUACGACAGCGAUGUCAUCGACGUGAUCUUGGACCAGGUUCUGCGGGAGGUCACGUAA